AUGUCUUGCAUCGGGGGUUGUCACACGAUUUUCAGCCACUGGGGUGGAGGGUGGACCAAAACCUUUGCGCGAGCCUGGCGCCAGCAUGCCUCGAGCUCGUUCACCGGGGUCAGCUGGAAUUCCAAAAACAAGAAGUUCCAAGCGACGGUUUCCUUCCAAGGGAUAUCAUAUUAUGCUGGCUGCUUCAACUUUGAGGUCGCUUACGAUAAUUUGCUGAGGCAGUUGUGCCCAAAAGGUGCUCGACUCAAGAAGUCGCUGAACUUUCCGUCGUUGUCAGAAGCCAAUUUCGAGGAGUCUUUGCAGGAUGCGCGGGCCCGUGCUCUCGCAGGUGCUGCUACAUCUGCAAAAGAGGAGGAGUCUUUCAUUCGUCUUCAUGAUCGCUUCUCGGCAACACCUCUAGCUCUGACACACGAAAUAAUCCGUGUCUCUGGCUCCUCCAGGGUCGAUGCUCUGUUGCAGCGCAAGGGUUGUGAUGAAGGCCUUCCUCUCCAGCUCAAGGCUGCCAGCAUGUCGGGCAAUUUGAGGAGGUCUUACUACUUCUCACGAGCCAGCGGCUAUUGCGGAAUGCUUCUUCUCUUGAUUUCCCUAGACCGUGAUAUCAUGUGGGCGAUUCCAGGGUCCGUGGUCGCCAAGCCAACCAUCACGAUUCGGCUUGAUUCGGAAGCGGACGAGGCAUAUCGCGUGAUCGACCUGGGUUCAACACUGGAGCAACAUUUUUUGGACCAAGAAGCGAUUGCACAUAUUUCACUCAAGCAUGCUCGGCUUUGGUGCAGUCAAAGUCACCGGGUGGAAGAAUAUGCGCAUCUACAGAUGGCAGAUCUAUUCGCCCGUGUUGGCUUUCAACUCGAGAAGGCCCACACCUUGACCGCAGUCGAUUCUGUACUUGUUGCGGAGGGCUGCCGGUGGCUCGUUCAAGAGAAGGCAUCGUCUCGGCAAAAGCCUCGCGGCGACUUCUGUGUGUCGCUUCGAAAGGGGAAGUCGUAUCAAGCAUAUUCCGACUCCGAUUUCGAUCUUUUGCUUGCCGCGGUCUUGGAAGACAACAAAUUGCUUGGCGUGUUCCUCAUUCCAGUUCAAGUUCUGCACAAGCAUGGGCUGGUUGGUGGCAAGCCCAGAAAACUAUUGCUGUGGCCGCCAUGGAAGUUGCCCGUGCUGGAAGCACGCAGGGUCAAGACAGCAUGGCAGCUGGAGUGUUUCGUUGACCUGCGGGGCUGGAGUCAAUCGGAAGCGGUCCUCGAGAAAGCAAGUAAUCGACUAGUCCAGCUGCUGCGAUUUGUCCAAACAUCACCAGCUUCUGAAUCGACAAAACUGUCCUCACUUGUGGCUUGGCAGCUUCUCCCUGGAGACACGUAUACAUGCACAAAGACGCAUCAUGCUCUGUCUCGGUCACGUCCAGAAGUUUGA